AUGUACAUUUAGAAUUAGAAGACCAACUAGCAAAAUUCAUGAGGACAGAGGAAGCUAUUAUAUACUCAUAUGGAUUUGCAACAAUUGCCAGUGCUAUUCCUGCGUAUGCGAAAAGAGGGGACAUUGUGUUUGUAGAUGAAGCUGCCUGCUUCGCUAUUCAGAAGGGAUUACAAGCAUCUCGUAGUAACAUCAAGUUAUUUAGGCAUAAUGAUAUGGCUGACCUUGAACGACUGUUGAAAGAACAAGAGACUGAAGAUCAAAAGAAUCCUCGCAAGGCCCGUGUAACUCGAAGGUUUAUUGUAGUGGAAGGAUUGUAUAUGAACACAGGAGAUGUUUGCCCUCUUCCAGAGUUGAUAAAAUUGAAGUAUAAAUACAAAGUUAGAAUAUUUUUGGAAGAGAGUCUUUCCUUUGGAGUCCUUGGCGAACAUGGAAGAGGAAUUACUGAACACUUUGGAAUAAACAUUGAUGAUAUAGAUCUUAUUAGUGCGAACAUGGAAAAUUCACUGGCUUCUAUUGGAGGAUUCUGCUGUGGAAGAUCUUUUAUUAUUGACCAUCAGCGAUUAUCGGGUCAAGGCUACUGCUUUUCUGCAUCCCUACCUCCUUUGUUAGCUGCUGCUGCUAUUGAGGCUCUGAAUAUUAUGGAAGAUAAUCCAGACAUUUUUCAGACUCUGCGGACUAAAUGCGCACGAAUUCACGAAGCUCUACAGGGGAUUUCUGGCUUGAAGGUAGUGGGAGAAACAUUUUCUCCAGCAUUACACCUACAGUUGGAAGAGAGCUGUGGAUCUCGGGAAAAUGAUAUGAAGUUGCUCAAAAGAGUUGUGGAUUAUUGCAUGAAUAAUGGUAUUGCGUUAACUCAGGCCUGCUAUCUGGAGAAAGAAGAAAAAUGUCUUCCUCCUCCCAGUAUUCGAGUAGUGAUAACAGUAGAACAAACAGAACAAGAACUGGACAAAGCUGCAUCACUUCUUAAGGAAGCUGCACAGUCUGUGUUGAAUUAG